AUGAACGCCGAUCUUCUGGCGUCGAUCCAGAAGGGCAAGGGACUAAAAAAGGCCGUCACAAAUGAUCGAUCCGCACCGUCGAUCGAGCCGAAAAGUGGCGGUGGUGGUGGUGGUGGUGGGGGAGCAUCCGGCAUCAUCCGCUCUGGUGAUGCAUCGUCAGGCGGAGGUGGUCCAGCGCUUGGAGGGCCGCCGGGCCUAGGAGGUUUGUUUGCGGGCGGCAUGCCCAAGCUCAAACCCAGCGGUGCUGGCUCCAGCGUCAACACGAGUCUCGGCAAACCGCCUGUUCGACCUGGAGGCGGCGCUCCACCUUCUCGUCCAGCCGCAUCAUCUCCAGCUGCUCCGCCACCGCCUCCUCCGCCGGCUACGGGGCGACCUGCGCCGCCCCGAGGACCGCCUCCUCCGCCAUCUGCAGCCGCACCUUCUUUGCCAUCUAGAGGCGUUCCACCUCCGCCCAGCAGACCAGCAGCAGCAGCACCCAGUGGAGCUCCACCUCCACCUCCGCCCCCGCCUCCAGCUGUUAAACCUGCGAGUAGUGUACCCAUCGCGCCUCCGCCGCCACCUCCGCCUGGUCGACCAAGCACCACAUCUUGGGCUGCACCGCCUGCACCGCCGCCUCCCAGUAGACCAAGUACGCUUGCACCUCCAGCGCCACCUCCGCCGCCUGCGCCUCCUGCGCCGCCUGCUGGAAGACCAACGAGCGGUGCGCCGGAUGCACCUCCUCCGCCGCCCGCGCCACCUGCUGGUCGUCUGAAUGCUACUGCGCCGCCACCGCCACCACCUCCUCCACCUGCUACAGCGAGACCGAGCGCAGCAGCAUCUACAGUAGCAGCUGCGCAAACGCCAACUGGACCGUCGGCUGUACCUCGACCGACACCGCCUGCUAUUGCUUCUGCUGCGGGAUUUGGGGCGCCACCAUCGCGCACCGUGCGCGUGCCUCCACCUGCACCAUCCUCUGGAGCUCCCACACCACCGCGCCGAUCGGCAGCGCCGCCGCCGCCGCCACCUCCACCUCCCUCGGCUCACUCACGUACCAACUCUGGAGGCGCUCCGCUUGCGGCUGCGUCAGCUGGUCGGGGAGCACCGCCGAUUCGAGCCUCCAUGCCUCGCGCUGCUCCACCGCGGUCCGCAGCAGCCCCACCGGUUCGGUCGGCUAGCUCCAGCCUAGCCCGUCCGAACACAGCCACAACGUCGUCGUCAGCUCAGCCGAGCCGCAUCCCAAGCCCACCACUUACUUGCGGCUCAUUGACGUUCACUCCGAGCACCCAAUUCCCGCCACCAAGGGCGUUCAAUGCAUCCGCAGCGUCGCAGCAUAGCUACCCGAGUGGCAGCUCGAAAGGGUCCUCUUUUGACUUCCGCUCCAUGGCUGCGUAG